GCAAAGUGGGCCAUUGUCUCAUGCUGUUCUCCAGUCCCAAGAUGGUGGCCACCAUGAAGAAGACGGCUGCAGAAGAUGUCAAUGUUACUUUCAAAGAGCAACAAAAGAUAAACAAAUUUGCACGGAAUACAAGUAGAAUCACAGAGCUGAAGGAAGAAAUAGAAGUAAAACAAAAACAACUCCAAAACGUAGAAGAUGCUUGUGACGGUACCAUGCUUGCAGAUGCUGACUGCUUAAUGAUGCCUUAUCACAUCGGUGAUGUCUUCAUUACCAAUUCUCAAGAAGAAACACAGGAAAUGUUAGAAGCAGCAAAUAAAAAUUUGCAAGAAGCAACUGACGCCUUAGAAUCCAAAGUCGAAGCAAUUCAGUGAGUGUGAGCAGAUUUGAAAGUUCAGUUGUAUGCAAAAUUUGGGAGCAGCAUAAACCUUGAAGCUAACGAAAGUUAAAUAUUUUAUAAUACUUAAAAAAUUUUGUUUAAUACACUUGAAUAUUGUUUAAGAAAAAAGAAUAAACUAGAAAGUCUUACUGGCAAUCUUUACAAAAAAAAAAUCAAAGCAACUAGUAGAUUCAAAUAAUGAACUGCAGAGGAUAGAGUGAGGUAAUGAAGUCCUCGCACUAUCUAACAGAAAUCCUAUGUGCAAAUUCAGGCACAACUGUGAUCAAGAUGGAAAAGCCCCAGACACUGAAUAAAAAGACCAGGAUGAUGGAGACUUCCACAAAGUAACAGCUGUACUCCUCCCAGGUCUGCCCACUUACAGCUAAAAAGAAAGCUCUGAAUGUAACGCAACCAGCAAGUGCAGAAAGAAGGUGGAAAGAAGGUGGCAGGCUCCCCAGCGACCUCAGGACUUGAGGGACAACAAGGCAGUGAGUUCUCUGGGUGUCCUUACUGCCUCCUUAUUCAGGAUGGGUGCUGCAAAAGCCUCCAAGCUGGAACAGCCAAAAGGUACAGAGAAAAAGAGCUCCAAGAAGAGCCUGUUCUUGGCCAAAGGACACAGAAAAGGAUGCUCUUACAACAGCAGACCUUUUUGGCAAUGCCCAUCCUAUUCCAAAUAACAAGCGAAGGCCGGGUGCGGUGGCCCACGCUUGUAAUCCCAGCACUUUGGGAGGCCGAGGUGGGUGGAUCACCUGAGGUCAGGAGUUCGAGACCAGCCUGGCCAACAUGGUGAAGUCCCAUCUCUACUAAAAAUACAAAAAGUAGCUGGGCGUGGUGGUGCGUGCCUGUAGUCCCAGCUACUCGGGAGGCUGAGGCAGGAGAAUCGCUUGAACCCAGGAGGUGGAGGUUGCAGUGAACCAAGAUUGGGCCAUUGUACUCCAGUCUGGGCAAAAAGAGUGAAACUCCGUCUCAACAACAACAAAAAACAAAUACAAGAGAAAACAUCAGCAGAGAAACCACAUACACCACCCACUGAGGUUUCAGUGGGAUUGAGGGGGAAAUUGAUCUUCAACCCUCAAGGAACCAGGUGACAUGCUCCAAGUGGCACGCCAAAUAGUGCUGGCAGGGCCAAGCAAGGAUCUCAUCUCCCAUUCUCUGCCUGGAAGAAGCAGGAGGUGCUCCAAUUCCCUCACCAGGGUGGUGUCAGCAGGGCCCAGUGGGGAAGUGCGCCCCCCACGAUGAGGCAGAAAGAGGGGAUGGGAAGGUGGUGGCGGGGGGAGGCUGGACUAGCUGUCGCUUUGCUACCCCCUCCCAUUCCCUGGAAUCAGCAAGGCCCAGAGGGGAGCUGAUGUUCCAACCCCACUCAACAAGGCCACAGGGUCUCAGGGACCCGGAGGUCAUUAACAAAAGUGCUAACAGCCCUAUGUCGGAGUCCCAGCAGGAGAGGAGAGAGACGGAAUGAAACAGUCAUUCAAGAAAUAAUGGCUGAAAACUUCCCACAUUUGGCAAGAGACAUAAAUGUACAGAUUCAAGAAGCCAAGCAAAUCCCAAAUAUAAUAAACGGGAUGAAGCCUGUGCCAAGACAAAUCAUAAUGAAACUUCUGAAAACUAAACACAGAACUCUUCAAAGCAGCCAGAGAGGAGCAAUGCAUGAACUCGGAGAGGAGACCAACUCAAACGACAGUAGAUUUCUCUUCUGAAACAAUGUGAAGGUAUCGUUCAGGAAUGAAGAGGAAAUACAGGCAUUCUUGGACAAAGGAAAGCUAAGAUAAUCUGUUGCAAGCAAACUGAUCGUUAAAGAAUGGCUAAAGGAAGUUCUCUAAACAGAAAGGAAAUGACAAGAGAAGAAGGCUUAGAGCUUCACAAAGAAGACCAUCAGAAUUGGUAAAAAGAGGGGCAAUUUUAUUCAGUCAAAAGGGGGGAAAAGAUGAUAUAAAUAUAAUCUCCUACUCCUAAAGAGUUUUUAAAAUCACAGUUGAUGACUGAAGUAAACCACCUGAUGUGGCAUUCAAAGUCUGUUAAGAAGUGCUAACACAUUUAUAGUGAAGUGGGGCGGGUAAAUGGACUCAAGCGGAAGUAAAGUUUCUACACUUAAAGCUGUAAAACACCAGGGCCAGGAGACUGGGAUAAGUUACAUAUGUAUACUGCAAACCUAAGGCCAACUACCAAGAAAAUAAUACAAAGCAUUAUACUUAAAAAAAAAAAAA